AGAAAUUCUUAAUGGAUUAGUUAUGACAACAAUUGGAGUAUGUUGAGACGGUUUCUUUGUCGACGAACUAUCUGGGGCUUCCUUUGGGAUCUAGAAUGGCUUCUUUAGCUACUUGGGAACCAAUGAUUGAAAAGGUCCAAAAUCGUUUAGCCUCUUGGAAGGCUAGGAUGCUCUCAUUUGUGGGGAGACUUGUUUUGUUAAAAAGCGUCCUUGCAAAUCUUCCCAUAUACUUCUUAUCUCUUUUUAAGGCCCCUACAUCAGUGAUUGCAAGGUUGGAGAAAAUUUAUAAUGAUUUCCUCUGGUCUGGUGUGUUGGAUACUAAGAGAUUGCAUUGGGUUUGAUGGGAUUUGGUGAAAACCCAUAUGGUGAGGGGAGGUUUGGGAGUUUUGGAUCUCAGGAGUGUUAACCGAUCUCUUUUAGGGAAAUGGGUUUGGAGAUUUGGGGUGGAGAGAGAUGCUUGGUGGAGGAAAAUGAUUGUGGCAAAAUGUGGAAUAGGUUCUUUAGAAUGGAAACCUUGUUGGAACUUGGGAUCAUAUGGUUGCUCUUUGUGGCGUACUAUUGUCAACGAAAGUUCGCACUUUUGGAAAGUUGCUUAUGUCGAUCCUGGGGGGGGGGGGGGUGUUAUGGAGUAUCCUUCUGGCAUGAUGUGUGGAUUCCUAGGGAACACUUGGUGAGAGAGUUCCCAAGGGUUGGGUCCGCUGCCCAAUCCUUGGAUGCUUUUGUUUCUGACUUGGUUUCUUUGGAUGACAGGUCUUUUUGGGAGAUCCCCCUUACAGUUUCACUAAGGGGCGGGCCUGAAGCUGAACGAGUUCGUUUGAUGCAUUUGUUGUCUUCACUUCCACAUAGUUGGACUUGUGCCGGCCCAACUCAUUUGGUUUGGCCCUUGGAGAAAUCAUCGAUUUUCUCUGUGCAUUCCUUCACACAACACCUCAUUGAUGAUUCUUUUGAAGGUGACAACUCCUUCCCCUACAAGCUCAUAUGGAUUUCUUCCAUCCCUUCGAAGAUUUGCUGCUUUCUUUGGAUGACCUCAUUAUCAAAAAUUGCCACCAUUACUAAUUGGUGUUCCUUGUGUAAAAGCAAUGAGGAGUCGAUUUCACAUCUUAUGUUUACUUGCCCAUUCUCAAGGAUAAUUUGGGAAUUCUUCACGAGAGCUUUAGAGCUGCAUGGUCCUUUCCCCGCUCAGGUUCGGUCUUUUCUCCAUGCUUGGAGAGGAUUGAGGUGUGAUCUGAAGUUCACAGAUUGCUUUAAAGUCUUGCCACAUGCAGUGUGUUGGUCACUCUGGAGCGAAAGAAACAAUAGGAUUUUUAGAGAUAUUGGAAUUUUCCCCAUACACUUGUGUCACAAGAUCAUCCAAAUGGUUGGGAGGUGGCUUCGAGCAUUUAAAAUUCUUUCAGACGCCCACUUACAACAAUGGGUAAGGAUUGGGGAUGGCUGAUAGUUGUUUCUUUGUUUUGAUUUGUUUCUUGGUUUUGCCUCAAUGUGUAGGUGGUUUUUGGGGCCUUGAGGUUCAAGGGAAUUCACUUUGUUUUUGUUUCUCUUUCUGUUAGUGUUAGUUAUCGGUCUCCAGUCUUGAAGUUUCCAUUCUGGUUCUUGUUUUUUCUCUUGGAGUUUUGGUAUUAUUUUGCCAAAAAAAUUUCCUUUUUCUUCUCAAAAUUUUCUUCUUGCUUGUAAAGGUGUUCAUUUUUUAGUUGUAUUUUCUUGUUUCCUCUUUGUAAUAAAGUUCAUCAUUCAUAAAAAAACAAUUGGAGUAUGUUGAGAAAGUGAGAACAUGUAGUGCAUAGUCCUUGUAGUAGGGGUGGGCAACCGGUUCGGCAAACCCGAACUUAUCUGAAACCGAAUUAAACAUAACCGAAAUCGAAAUAAUGCUAUUCAGUUCGGGAUUUGGAAAAGAAAUAUGGAUAUUUUGGAAAUCAGGGUUCUUUCAACUAAAUCGAAUUUCCGACCGAAAAAUCGAAAUACUAUAAUUGCAAGCUCCAAAUGGUGGAUUUUUAUGUUUUUAGUUGUUUUUAGACUUAAAUAUUUGAAAAUUUUAUGACUUAUGUGUUGAAAAGUUUGAUUUUAUCAUUGAUGAUGCAUAUAAUUGCAUAUUUAUUGUUUAUAUUAGGGGUGAAAAAUAAUUUAAAAGUGAGAAGAUACAAGUAGCCUCACAAAUCCGAUUUUGUGUGAAAAACCAAUUCGGUUUAAACCGACCGAACCGAAUUAUAAUCCGGUUCAAAUUCGGUUUAAGAUUUGAGAGAAUUCGGAAACCCAGUAUUCAUAAUUUCAGUUCGGUCGAAACCGCACCGACCGAAUGCCCACCCCUACCUUGUAGCCCGAUGGCAGGUAGUUAGGAGGAAGGGAGGGUACACCCCCUGGCUAGUGUGUCUUCAUCAAAAUCAAGCCAUUAUCUGUUGAAGAAUCUUUGCCUUGGCUAAGGCAGCAGCAGAUAGAUACACUUGGUCCUCU